UAAUGAAAGUGUCCCUUUAAGAUUUCGGUUUUCAUUAACCCAAUGCUCCUGAAGUUAACACACCUAGAUCUUUAGAGGCUUGUAGAAGGGAAGGAAUAAGUCCUGGUGAAAUCGUUAAAGUUUCAUUCGAAGAAUAUCAGAAAAAGUAUAGACUAUCCAAUUUGGAUGCUAAAGGAAUAGAGACUUAUUAUAAACAUUUUGAAGAGAAGAGGGAAGAAAAAUACAGAGAUCUUAUUAAAUAAAGACAUAUAGUUUUAGAAGAUGAAAAGACUGGUAAAAUAGUGUAACAAUUAUAUUUAGGUUUGUGGAGUCCCGAUGGAUUAGGGAAGAGUAAAAUGAUUUCUAAAUAUUCUUAAUAAGAUGCUUCAUCUUUAAUUGAGAAAGAGAGGCAAUAAAUUGAAAAGAUCAAAAAGAAAUAACAAAAAGAGAUUGAAAAUAUGCUGGAGUUCGAAUUAAAAUUAUAAGAGAUUAAGGAAUAAAAUGAAAAGAAGAUGUAAGAUGAGAGGACUAAGUAGAAAUAGAGAGAAUUAGAAUUGGAAAGGAAAAGAGCUUAAUAAGAAGAAAUAAAGAGACAAAAAGAGUUGCAGAAGUAAUAAAAAAAAGAACAAGAAGAAUAAGCAUUGAAGGAAAGAAUGAAAUUGCUUGAAUCUAAAGAACAAGAACGUAUUAAAUAAGAGGAAUUAAAACAGAGAUUAAGAGAAGAAGAAAACAAAAAGAAAGAGGAGGAAAAGAAGGCAUAGUAAGAAAAAUUAAGAAAAUUAAAUGAAGAAAAUAUUAGAUUAUAAUUGGAAGCAUUAGAAAAAAGAAAAAUAGAGAUGGAUGAGAAGGCUGAAUAAAGAAAAAAAAUGAUGGAAGAAUAAAAAGAAAAGAAAAAGCAAGAGGCUGAAAAGGCAAGAAUAGAAAAUGAAGAAAGAAUUAAAUAAGCAAAAGAAAGAAAUGAAUAAGAAGUUCUAAGAGUUAAAGAAGAUGUUGAAAAAAAAUUAUAAAUUAGUGAAUAAAAAAGAUUAUAAUUUGAAGAAGAAAAGAGAAAAAAAUUAGAAUAAUAAAAAAUUGAAGCUGAAUAACAUGCAGAAAUUAUAAGGAAAGUUAUUGAAUAAAAUGAAUAAAUGGAAUUAGAGAAAAAAAAAGAGUAUUUAAAAAAAAUAGAUGAAGCUGAAGAGAGAAGAAAGUAAUUAGAAAAAGAAUAAGAAAAAGAAAAAGAAAAGAAGAGAUAAGAAGAACAUGAAAAAGAAUAAUAAAGACAUUAAGUAUUAUUAUAAAAUGAGCAAAGAUAAAAAGAAAGAAUUGAAGAUUUUUUGAAAAAAUUUUAAGAAAAAGAUGAUAAUCUAUAAAAAAUAUAAUUUGAAAGAUCUAUUUAAAUUACUGAUAAAAGAAAUUAAGAUACUUUAAAAAGAAUAGACAAAAGAGAUAAUGUUGAAAGAAUUAUGAAAAAACAAGAAUAUGAUAGAAUGAAAUUAUAAGAAAAAUUAAAUGAAAAAAUGGAAAGAGCUGAUAAAAUAUAAGAAGAUUUAGAAUAAUUGUUAAUAUAAAGAUAAAAUAUGAGAAGAGAAAUUGAUAAACAAAAAAGAGAUCUCUUAUUGAAAUUAGAGAAAAUUAGAGAAGGAAAGAUACCUCCUUCAGAAAUCUAAAAAUAAUUUGGCAUUACAACAACUGAUUUAAAAUAAUCAACUCAAGAAGAAUAGAAUUUUGCUAGAAAAUCCCAAUCUUAAUCCAUAAAUAAAAAUAAUAAAAAAUUAAUGACAUUAACUAAACCUUUUAGUACUAUAAGAUCAUCUAAAGGUUAAGAUAAACUUCCUGAAAUUAAUUCAUCUUCCCCAUAAUUAUAAGAAACAUUGAAUAAUCAUGCGAAUACAAAAUCUGUUGAAUCAGCAUAAUUAUUAUAAUAAUAACCAUAAUAACAAUAAUGUAAAUAAUUAUUAAUAUAAAUAAGCAUAAAAAAAAUCUCCAAAAAGAGCUAAAAAACAAGAUAUAAUCAAAUCAAAACCAGCUGAACCACCAAGUCCAGAAGUGUUAUUUGAACUUAAUUAAAUUAUUUAAAGAUAAAACUAAGAGAUUAUGAGAGUAUUUAUGGAGGAAUAAGCAAAUGAAAAUAGAAGAGAUGAUAAAUUGAGAAAUUGUAAAUCUGAAAACAGAGCUAAAUUAGAAAAAUUAUAGAGUUUAGAAAGAUAGAAAGCUCAAUAAAGAAUUCAAAAGCUCUAAGAGCAACACUAAUAUGAAUAAUAAUAAUUUAAGCUAGCUCACAAUCUUAUCGAUUGA